GCUCUGUAGACGGGGCCUCUGUCGUCAGGUGAGGGAGCCGGGCUCGCUGGGGCUGUCUGGAUGGAACCUCUGAGCUCCAGGAGUGGGCGCCUUGCUCGCUGGAGCUGUGUGGACGGGGCGUCUGACCUCGGAAGGCUGGAGUUGGGUUCCCUGGGACUGUAUGGAUGGGGCCUCUGACCUCGGGGUUGGUGGGGGCAGAAGGGGCAGGAGCAGGGCUCCCUAUGGCUGUGUCAAAGGGCUUUGUCAUCGAGGGACGGGCUCUGGGUUUGCUGGGGCUUGUUGAUGGGGCCUCUGACCUUGGGGGUGGGAGCAAGGCUCCCUGGGGCUGUGUGGAUAGGGUUUCUCACCUCGGAAGGCAGGAGCCAGGCUCCUUGGGGCUGUCCAGACUCAGCCUUUAGGGACAGGCCGGGAGCUGGGCUCCCUGGGAUUGUGUGGACAGGACCUCUGACCUUGGGGGAUGGAACGGGCGGGAGCCAGGUUUGCUGGGGUUGUGGACAGGGCCUCUGACCUCGGUGGGGUGGGAUUCAGGCUUGCUGGGGUUGUGUGGACAGGGCCUCAGUCAUCAAGGCGUGGGAGCCGGGCUCACUGUGGCUUGUGGACGUGGGUGUGAUCCCGGUGGGCGGGAGCUGGUCUUGCCAGGGCUGUGUGCUCAGGGCCUCUGACCGCGGGGUGGCAGGAGCCGGGCUCCCUGGGGCUGUGUGGACAGAGCCUCUGACCUCAGGGGAUGGUGGGGUGGACGGGAGCCCGGCUCGCCAUUUUGUGUGGCUGGGGCCUCUGUUAUUGAGGGAUGGGAGCCGGGCUCUCUGGGGCUCGUGGACGGGGCCUCUGACCUCGGUGGGCAGGAGCCGGACUCACUGGGGCUGUGUGAAUGGAGCCUCUGACUUCUUGGGCUGGGGGCCAGGCUCGCUGUGGUUGUGUGGACGGGGCCUUUGACUUGGGGUGGGGGGAGCCAGGCUCGCAAGGGCUGUUGGAAGGAGCCUCUGUCCUUGUAUGGGUGGGGUGGGGGGAGCCGGUGAGGGACUGGAUUUGGAUGGCGGGUUGGCUGGCUCUUCUGGGAAUAUCCUGGACAGAGAUCCAGGAUCUCCUUGAGGAGAGAAUAUCCUUGAGGACAGAUAGGUGGUGUAGGCGGGCAUUUGCACUGGUGCUGGGGAAAUGUGCCCUCCUGUGAGGGUAGUCCUGGCCGUGAGGGACAAAGUGGGUGGGAAAAAGUCGAGGUCAGCAUGGCAGUGAUGUGAGGAGUCUGCAAAGGGGGUAGGGACUGUGUCUUUUAUUUUGGGGUUUCUAGGGAAUAGGGACUGUCUUUUAAUUUGGGGUUAGCAUUGUGCCUGUAAAAUAAUGUGCUUGGUAGUUUGCUGAAUGACAAACCAGUAACAAAACAAAAUACGGAAGGUCAGAUCCUGGGGUGUUUGAAUCCAGUCCACAGAGGAAGUUGAAACCCUGUUUUUGGUGGGGGAGUGGUGUUGAACGUGGUCAGAGUGGUGCUUUAGGAAAUACUAAUGCAGUGACAGUAGAGUGGGCUGUGGGGCAGGGAUCCCACACAGAACGUUAUUGUAGUCGUGAAUGUCAGAGGUAAUGGGGAAUACAAGGGAGGGAACGGCUGUAGAGGUGUUCUGGAGGAUUCCCUGGACUCAGAAUGCUGAUGGGAAGGGGCAGGUUUGAAACCUGCGCGCAUCGGGGAUGGUGGUGAUGCCAGUGGGAGUGGGGAGAACACUGAGUGCAGCUGUGACGGACCCCGAUUGCAGCUUGGGAUGUGCCGAGGUUAUGACCCAGGAGGAUCUGGAAGGCGUCCUACUGGCAUUUUAUGAUGUGCGUCAGGAACGUAAAGCUCAGCAUGGAUGAAGCUUUGCCAGGCCUCACACCUGAAAAUGGAGACAGCCUUGUGAAAGUGGAGGAGCAGGACCCCCCCUGGGAGCAGACAUGGGGCUCGAGGGAGAGCAGCCGCCACGCUCAGGAGCUCUGCCGCCUGCGCUUCCGGCAGUUCUGCUACCCCGAGGCCCAGGGGCCCCGCGAGGCGCUGAGCCGGCUGCGGGAGCUCUGCCGACGCUGGCUGCAGCCCGAGACGCACAGCAAGGAGCAGAUCGUGGAGCUGCUGGUGCUGGAGCAGUUCCUGACCAUCCUGCCCGAGGAGCUGCAGGCCCGGGUGCGGGAGCAGCAGCCGGAGAGCGGGGACGAGGCGGUGGCCGCGCUGGAGGACCUGGAGAAAGACACGGGAGACCCAGGACAGCAGACAUCAGUGAAGACUGAGGAAGAAGCCACCCAGGCCCUUGUCACAGAGCAGCGGCCACCUCUGAGUCAGACCCCCGGGAGCCCCCAUGGGAAGUCGGCUCAGGAGAAGGUUCCAGACGUCUGUCUGAUGGCUGAAGAAGUUGUAAAUGAAGAUGGAUUAUUUAAUGCAAAGACAGAAACUUCUCAAGAAAUGGAGCAUGCUGCUGAGGCCCCCGGAACAGCCAGUAGAGAUGGCAUGCGCCAGCCUCCUUGUACUUCUGUCCCUGCUGACAGGACAGUUGCGCAUUUGAACACCCUGAAGGACCGUUACCCGGGUGACUUGUGGGCCCGAAUGCACAUCUCCUCCUUGGAAUAUGCUGCAGGAGACAUGACCCGCAAGGGGAGGAGAAAGGACAGAGCUCGGGUGAGUGAACUGCUCCAAGGCCUUGCAUUCUCUGGGGACUCAGAUGUGGAAGAAGAUAACAAGCUUGAGGCCCACCACGCUCAAAAGAAGCUAAAGAUGUCAGAUGUACCAGAGAAGAACUGGACCAAAAGAGACAUUAAACCCAACUUCCCAAGCUGGUCAGUGCUGGAUUCUGGACUUUUGAAUCUCAAGAGUGAGAAGCUGAACCCAGUAGAGCUCUUUGAGUUAUUUUUUGAUGAUGAAAUAUUCAACAUGAUUGUCAAUGAAACCAAUAAUUACGCAUCUCAGAAAAAUGUCAACCUGGAAGUCACAGUUCCGGAAAUAAGGUGUGUCUUGGGUAUCUUGCUUUUGAGUGGAUUUGUGAGGCGUCCCCGAAGGGGAAUGUACUGGGACAUCUCUGAUGCUGACCAGAACCUGGUUAGAGAUGCAAUUAGAAGGGACAGAUUUGAAUUGAUUUUCUCAUACCUACAUUUUGCAGAUAAUAGCCACCUAGAUCAAAAAGAUAAGUUUACAAAGUUGAGGCCUCUCAUAAAGCAAAUGAAUAGAAAUUUCCUCCUCUAUGCUCCCCUGGAAGAGUACUAUUAUUUUGGUAAGACGAUGUGUGAAUGCUUUGACAGUGACCAGUUCCUGAAUGGGAAACCUCUUAGAAUUGGCUAUAAAAUCUGGUGUGGCACAACCACACAGGGUUAUCUGGUGUGGUUUGAGCCUUAUCAAGAAGACUCAGCAGUGAUGGUGGGUAAGGACGUCGAUCUGGGUUUAGGUGGGAAUCUCGUGCUGCAUUUCGCUGAUGUUCUUCUAGAGAGAGGCCAGUAUCCCUACCACCUGUUUUUUGAUAGCUUCUUCACGAGUAUCAAAUUGGUGUCAGCCUUGAAGAAAAAAGGACUGAGGGCAACAGGAACAAUUCGAGAGAACAGGACUGAAAAAUGUCCCCUCAUGAAUGCAGAACAUAUGAGGAAAAUGAAGAAGGGAUAUUUUGAUUUCCGAGUAGAAGAAAACGAGGAGAUAAUUUUGUGUCGUUGGCAUGGCGAUGGCAUUAUCAGCCUGUGCUCCAACGCUGUGGGCAUAGCACCAGCCCGGGAGCUCAGGUGUUCUGCUAAUGAGGAGGACGUCCACCAGGGAGCUCAGCCGGCCCUAGUGAAACUGUAUGGUGAGUGCAGGGAAGGUGUCGCCAAAAUGGAUCAAAUCAUUUCCAAGUACAGGGUGAGAAUAAGAAGCAAGAAAUGGUACUCAAUUUUGGUGAGUUACAUAAUUGAUGUGGCCAUGAACAACGCCUGGCAGCUACAUAGAGCCUGUAACCCGGGCACCACUCUAGAUCUCCUAGAGUUUCGGAGAUACGUUGCACAUUUCUACUUGGAGCACAACGCUAAUCCGUCAGAUUAAGGCAGAAAAAAUGAACAUGAUGCCAAUAUUAACAGGACAAAAAUAUCACAGGUACAAAUCCGAUUAUACCCUUCCAAAGCAAACCUGAUGCAUGUAAUGGAAUUAUUAAGUAAGUAUUUUAAAAUGCCGAGAAUCUGUGUAGAGUUUCAAAGACUACUGUAACAAGUAAUUUUUUUAAAAACUAUCUGUAAAAAUGUUGAACUUGAGUGUUAUCUUUUUCUAUGACUAAUUUUUGAUGUGAGAUAUGGGAAAUCAUUUGUUGAACUGAUUAAAGAGGUACAGUUUCAUUCUUUCAGCGCACAAAUUAAUUUUUUGUGGAGAUUUUUUAAAAAUGCAAGCACUGUCAUAGUAACCACAGCAUGGUGCUGAAUCUGCAGUUGAAAAUCCGGCAGAGCCCAUGACAUAAGGAUGAUCGAAGAAAGACCUUAGGUGAUAACAGGCUGAAAACCUCAGUGCUGCUAUAAAACUGGACCAGAUGGUGGGCAGGAGAGGGGGCCCGGCCAGCACGCUGCAGGGCGUACUGUAAAGGAGAAACGGGGGAAGCAGUGCCUCUGGAGGCUGAAAUGAAAGCUGUGGCUGCUGGGCCUCGGGACUGGCAGAAGCAGCCAAGAGUAAAGAAAACUGAGGAAACAGGAAGCAAAUCAA